AUGGGCGCAACUUCAGUCGCCGCCGGCAUUGCCGGUUUCACUGCUGUCGUCACCACCUUCAGCAUCAUUAUUGUUGUCUAUCUAGUGAAUGACAUUAACACCUUCUAUGAUGAUGCUAUUGAAAACCUUGUCAACUUUAAAGACAUGGCUAACUCGGUAUGGUACGAAAUGAAACCGGCUCCAGCAGAGACACUACGUCAUUAUCGGUCGAUCGCACGUUCACGUCGUCAAUUCCCACCAGAGUGUAACUGCGGACUGCAAGCACUGGACUGUCCGGCCGGACCACCUGGCAUGCCUGGAGCGAGAGGAUCUCCUGGAGAAGAUGGCGUACCAGGAAGACCAGGAGCAGACGGCCAUGAUGGAAUUGCUGUAUCGCCCGAGGAAGAAGGAAGGGGUGGAUGUAUUCGAUGUCCAGUUGGCCCACCAGGACCACCUGGUCUGGACGGACCUAUUGGUUUGCCAGGUCCUCCUGGAGAGCCGGGGCUGGGCAUGGCGCCAACAGGAGAAGGGCCUCCUGGACUUCCUGGACCGCCUGGAGAUCCUGGAGUACCUGGAUUACCAGGAGAACCUGGUCCACCUGGCAAACCUGGAGCCGACACACAGUUUGGAGUGGGACCACGAGGACCGCCAGGACCUCCUGGACCACCUGGUCCAGCUGGGCCACCUGGUCGCGAUGGAGACACUGUAGGUAGGGCAUUGCCCGGCCUACCCGGGCCCCCUGGUGCACCGGGUACUCCUGGAGUACCUGGACCGGAUGGACCUCCUGGAGCGCCAGGAAUAGAGGGAACGCCUGGAAGUGACGCAGCAUAUUGUCCAUGCCCACCAAGAACUGCAAUAUAUUCAAGAGUGAGAAGUUCGGCGGUGAAAGGAUUUUCGCUCAGGCAUGGCUUAGCUAAAUAUCGCGCCAGUUCAAGAGCUCGAGUAGCACGAAAAUCGGCGAGGAGUGCAACCAAGAAGGAACGUCGUCGUCAGGAUCAUAAUGCUAACUGA